AUGGAGCACGGCGAUGUCCUCGUCGAGUCGGGCCGCGCCCGGCGUGCGUCGCCUGACCCGCGGCCGCACGGUGGCGGCUGCUGCAGCGGCAACGGCGACUCCCGGUCGAGCCGCGGCAUGUGGCAAUUCAGCGAUGAGAUCGCGGAGCGGACCUGGGUCGAGGCCGGCGCCACGAGCCUCGACCACGCGAAGUCGAUCCAGAAGCAGCGGCUCUACCGCGAGUGGGGCGUCGCCUCCGUGCGCGCGGUCGCGCGGAUCAAGAUCGAAGGCCUCGGCCUCAUCGGCGCCCCGUCGUCGAUCCCGCGGCCCGACUACGGCCGGGACGCGGCCGCGAAGCGGGCCCGCGACGCGGCCUACGCCCGCGCGGCCCGCGGCACCGGCGGGACCUUCGGCGCACCCGCAAUCUCGACCAUGCACGUCAUCAUCCGCGCGACCGUACUUUCCUGCGCCUUCACCUUCGCCACGGCGGCGGGGGGCGUCAAGCUGGACAAGAAGCCGACCGCGGAGCCCGCGGCAAGCAAGGCCGGCCUGGUCGAGGAAUCGGCAUUGGUCAAGGAGCUGCCGCCGAUGGUCUCGUCGGUUGUUCACGCUUUCGUCGCGACCGAGCUGUCCAAGCUCGAGCGCGAGUCCUCCAAGCUCGACGGCAUCGUCGCGGGCGAGCACUCCAAGCCCGACGGCAUCGUCGCGGGCAAGCACUCCAAGCCCGACGGCAUCGUCGCGGGCAAGCACUCCAAGCCCGACGGCAACGUCGUCGCCGAGCGGUCCGCGUUCGACGGCAACGUCGUCGCCGAGCACUCCAAGCCCGACGGCAUCGUCGCGGGCAAGCACUCCAAGCCCGACGGCAUCGUCGCGGGCAAGCACUCCAAGCCCGACGGCAUCAUCGGCUUAUUUGCAAUGUUCGUGAUUGCUUUGAUACCAAGCAUGGACAAUCUAUUGACCUAGCGACGAGAAAACCAUCGCGUCUGUGCUUCGGGCGUCGCAAAAGCAACAAAACUAUCGUAGCGCACUUGAAUGUUGAUACGCUCGUUAAAAAGUUGAAGGAAGAUUUGAUCGCGAACGAACGUCAGGCCGGAAUGAUUCGCGCCUUUGGAUUUCACACUGUUGCAAGCACAUCUUACGAGGCUCUUACUGCCUUUGAAUACAACUCAGCGAACCUCAACCAAAGCAUAAAUGCCUGGGACUACGUACUGAGGUCCUGGGGAUAUGAUGCGAAUACAUCCUUCAUCGAGUUCGCAUUGCGCAUGGAUCCUAAUUUUCUGGCCUACCCUCCGCCAGUUCAGCACCGAAAGGUCAUCGCGAACUUCCCGGAAGUGCAAAAAACGAUUCUCGAUACUAAUGACAGGAAGCUCACGGGUCUCUUGCGCCUCUAACCCCUGGCCGCUCUCCGACCGCGGUGCUGACGACGGUCUCGCCCUCGGCGUCGUGGACGUCGACCACGGUGGGCGGCCGCGGUCGCUUCGUGCGCGGGCACCGAGACCGAGGUGUCCACCUGCGUCGACGGCCUCGAUCGGCUGCGCGAUGAAGUCCAUCGCCACGGACCAGGCGAGGUCGCCGUGAAGCCCAAGCCGGGGCCCGACCAUGUAAUCGUCGUGCUUCCGGUGGGGGCACGGCGCGGCGGAGCUUCCCGACGGCGAGUCGGAAGAUGUCGUCGACGUCGACAUCGCCGUCGCCGUCCCGAUUCCCUCGCGGGCCUGCCUCCCCUCCCCGGACGGACGCAGUCGGGCGCGCAUCCCCUUCAAUAACUUGGCCAACAGAGGCUUAGCACG